UCCGCCGUCAGAUUCCUCUCAUACGGUCUUCAACUCGAUAUACUGAAUCCUACCCCGCAGCGUUUUCGGCUCUGCUACCUGGCUGUCAUGGACAGCUCUGCUGCUGCAGCCGGUGUGCUGCUGUCGAGGCAGAAGAACUGCAACAACUGCGUCCAGGUCAAAAGGCGAUGCGACAGGAAGACGCCGGUGUGCUCCCGAUGCGCGGAAAAGAAUAUCUCUUGUAUCUACAGCAAGACCAAAGCGGUUAGACAGCUCGACAAGCCCAGCAUCGAGCCAAUGCCUUACGCCGAAGCUAUAUCGUUUGGGAGUCCUGGCUAUCCUCUCUUUGGCGUCGACCCUCAAACGGGCCGCGCUGCUUCGGAGUACACUCCGCAGUCUGUCCUGGAGGCGUCCGGAGGCGGCGACAUUCUUAUGGAUCCCUUUCUAGACCUGAUAGGCAAUACCGGGUCGCCUCUCUCGGACCAGUGGCCCGUCCCUGUCGACGAAAGCCUGUUCGCCCGUCGCCCAAACACCCCAGCGGAUGACGAAAUCGUAAGGGCAUACGGCAAGAUGGCAGGCCUAUGCGACAAAAUCGAGCCGUGGCACUUGUACGACCCGACGACGCCCCUGCACUGGAUCGUGAGCCGCGUGAAGGGCUUCGUGACGGACAUGGCGACGCACAACGCGACACCGUUCCUGCACAGGCGGCUCUACCAGCGGUGGGCGCCGCCGUGCAUCCUGUCGUGCUUUGCGACGAGCGUACUGUACGCAAGCCGGACCCCGGCAAACGCGGCCAUGGUGAUGCGGACGCUGCACGGCGGGGCGCGCGAGCUCGUCGACGCCGAGGCCGGCCGCGCCACCGGCGUCUCCCCCCUUGAGAAACUUGCCCGCGUCCACGCCCUCUUCCUCUACCAGGUCGUCCGCCUCUUUGACGGCGACAUCUCUCUCCGCGCCCAGGCCGAGCGCGACAUGCCCCUCUUCCACGCCUGGCUCGCCGACCUUUGUAGGAUCCGCGAGAACCUCGAGGAUGUCGCCCGCCUGGGCGACGCGGCCGCGCGGAAGCAGCCGCCCAAGGGUUGGGAGAAAUGGAUAUUCGCUGAGUCCGUGCGCCGGACAAUCAUCAUGGCGUACGCAGUCAUCUUCUUGUACGGGAUGGUGAAGGAUCCGGAGGGCCGAUAUUGUCGCACAUCUCAAGGCUCAAGCCACACGUGUGAACCGCAGACUCACGCAGACGUGGCAGAGAACUUGGAUCCGUGGGCGUAUGUGCACCGCUGGACACUCUCCCGCCCCCUGUGGGAGGCCGGCUCCGAGUUCGAGUUCUCUCGUCGGUGGCGGGAGACACCGCACUUCGUCAUCACCAACUUCUCGCUCGAGAACUUCCUCGAGCACGGCGGAGGCGAAGAAGUCGACGACUUCGCCGAGAUCCUCUUAGGCGUGUACUUGGGUGUCGACGCGAUGAAGGAGUUUGUGUCCGGGCGGACUACGCAGAAUAUAACAUAACGAUACCUCAACGCCCUCCGGCGGACGCACUGGCCGCUAGCUUAAGUUGCUGGCCGGGCGCCGGACCACGACCGAUAGGCUGAUGGAUCACGCUCGUUGCGACGAGACGAACUCGCGGGUCUGAUCUGGGAUAUGCUCUCUAGGGCGACGACGAGGUCAUCGUCAGCAGGCAGCUAGCUAGCCCUGAAUCCCAAGAGGCACGGGGAGACCCUCUUCGCGGCUAAGUUCGGCGCCAUCUGGCGGGCCUGCGGUUUCGGGUUUCUCG